GCAUUCACAAAAACGUUAGAGCUCGAGGAGGAACAAGUUACCGCUUUAUACGUCGUUCGGAGCGACUUCGCACUUUGGAAUAUAACUGGAACUCACAGUCUUCUUUCGACAGUGACUACGUGAACGUCGGUCAGCGUUGUUUGUGCCUGUUAAUACCGGAAACACAGAAACAUGGUGUGCGCCUGCUUAAUCACGGUACUUCUAUUCCUGUACAUGGUUUUCGAUGUGCACUACUUCUUGAGGAUCUUUUUCACAAUUAUCACCGGCAAGCUCUUCCAGAAGAAGAUAAAACUCUUUGAUACUACCACCAUCUACGGAAUAUGUUUAACGCAGGAUGUGGACCUGUUCCUAAAGCACAUGAACAACGCCAGGUACCUUCGCGAAUUGGAUUUCGCACGUUUCCACUUUUACGAUAGAUCUGGACUUUAUGCAGCUAUUUCGAAAAGAGGCGGCGGAGCAGUGCAAGGAGCUUCCUCGGUCCGUUACCGUCGUGCAAUUCCUAUUUUCUCACCGUACAAGGUCACUACUAAGCUACUUUACUGGGAAGGCAAGAACUUUUACAUCGAGAAUCAAUUCAUCACUUUGAGCGACAAUUUCGUUCGUGCCGUGAUUCUCAGCAAGCAAACCUCGACAGGAAUACAAGCUUCCAUGGCUGAAAUCGUCGCGGACGUCGAUCCGAACGCUCGUCUUCCUGAACUGCCCAAGGAUCUCGAAUUGUGGAUUAACUCCAUGGAGGUUUCCUCUAAAAAGUUUAGGAAACAGGAGUAGAUUUUUAAUUUUUAUAUUUUGUUUAAUUUGUUGCGAUCUAUGGUUUUAAUAAAGCGGUAUUAAGUCAUA